UAUUUACUUCUAUUCAUGUAUUUUUGUUCACCGUGUAUACGAUCGCGAGUGCCGGGAUGUGCCACAAAGUUAAGAAUAACAGUAGAGGACCUCCCUGAGCUGUGCAAAACAGACAUUCAACCUGUUAAUGAAAGAAUGCAGUUCGAUGUUUCCGAAGACGAACAAUGGUCACGAGCCACUGCAGACAACGAAUGGAACCAACAAGAACAAUUCGAACAUUUCAAUCAAGUUAUUCGUGAACUUCCUGACAGAGCCAUGGAUUUACCGAUUGACCUAAGAACGUUUCAUCUUCGUCGGUCAAGGGACGUUAAGAUUGCAAAAGAGCCAAUACCGAGCGACACUACCGGCAACGAAAAUAAAAUCGAGCAAUCAAACGGGAAAUCGACAGCUUUAAUCAGCCCCGAGAAGAAAGAGAGCCCCAUGAAUCCGUACAAUCGGGCGGAUUGGUCGAAAAUGAAUGCGAAAUGGUCAAUUCCGGACACGGAGGACAAUGAGAUCAACAGUGUUAACAGUUUGUCGCAGCUUGACUGCGGUGCAUUCCCGAAAUCGUACAUGGACACGUGUUCCUGUUGCCCCCGGGAUAUCUUUGACAAGCACGAUACGGAUACCAUUACCAGUUACAAGGGUGUUACGUUCAAAGACGGUGGUUGUUGCAAGCUCCACUGGACGAGGAAGGAACGUUAUCAAAACAUCAAGACGAAAGUCGGUAGAGCUAUCAAGAGGCACAAAAUAUUUUUGAUACGCGGCGAAUUGCCGAAAUUGAAGGAAGCUUUGGAGAAAAGAGGUUGGGUGCAGAAAUACGAAGCCACAAAAACAAGAACUCUACCUUACGGUAGCGUGGCGAGCUUAGAGGCAAGAUCGUUAGGCGAUUUGACCCAACCCGAUGGCACGUUGAACGAGAAAUCGGUGGUUUUCGCUUUGUUGCGCCACAAAGCUCCGGAUUUUAUAUGGGAUUGUCGAAACGACUUCGUCGACUGGCAUCGUGGUUUGAGCAGCAACACCAUUCUCAACAGAUACCAGAAGCCAUCCGUUUACACAUCUAAGCUAGGAAUGGCUCGUUUGCUGGAAGAGGCUCAUUGGUUGUACGAGAAGGACGUCUCGAGCGUGUUGUUUCCUCGCAGUUACAACUUGAGCAGGGAACCGAAAGCUUUCCUCGAUGAUUUCCGUUUGACCGCCGCGGUCGGUCUGCUAAAGUGGUUCGUCCAAACGAUGCAAGACGAUCAGACCGCGGUACAGAACCACGGGCAACGUCUGAUACCGAUAAGUCGGCUGGAAUUCGCCGUAAAACGUUGCGAGGAAUUUAUAGCCUGCGAAAACCACCAGGAUAUAGACGAGGACUUUGUCAGCGAGUUUUCGGAAGAGGAAUGGAAUUCCUUCUUGGACGAUUAUGCAGCUGCGGUGCACGAGUCGGGUAGAAUCGAAACCACGUCGGAGAGAGGGGAGGAACAGUUACAAAAGUAUCACGAGGUGGCAAAUUCAACGCUUGAGAAAUUGAAAGAGGUCGAUCCGCAGUACGAGCUGAACGGAAUGAGGAACAUCUGGAUCUUGAAACCGAGCGAACUUUGUUGCGGCACCGGGAUCAGUAUAUCUCAUAAUCUGAGGGAUAUAUUUCGAAGAGUGAAGAGUAAACCGAAGGAUUAUUUCAUCGUUCAGAAAUAUAUUGAACGUCCUCUGUUGAUUCACGACACGAAAUUUGACAUAAGGCAAUGGUACCUGGUCACCAAUACGUUCCCCAUGACGAUAUGGUUGUUCAAGGAAGGACUGCUCCGGUUCAGCUCGAAGCCGUACACUUUUUCAACUUAUCACGAGGCGAUUCAUAUCUGCAAUACCGCCAUUCAGGAAAAGUACGACGAGGAAAGACGGCGUAGGAGGAAACGCGGGACUUCGGAGGAAGUCGUAAAGACGAUCCGCGAUCAGGGAUGGGACUGCGACAAGCUGAACGAAUAUUUAAAACAAACGGGGUACGAGGGUGAACCGUAUUACGAGAAGAUCUAUCCGAAAAUGUCAGAGGCUAUAGUUCUAACGAUGUUAGCCUCUCAGGAGCACAUGGACAGACGGCGAUGCAGUUUCGAGCUGUACGGAGCGGAUUUCGUCGUGAUGGAGGACCUUUCGGUCUGGUUGAUCGAGAUCAACACGAAUCCCAGGAUGCACCCGCCUAGCUCGAGAAUCACCAAACGUCUGUAUUCCAACGUGCUCGAGAGCUUGGUUAAAGUGGUAAUGGACGUACCGGUGAACGCUGUCGCCGACACAGGCGGAUUCAGUUUGGUCUACAAGCAAAACAUACCCGACUUCCGGCCUUAUCUCGGUCCUUGUCUGUUCGUGUUCGGCAAGUCGAUAACGUUGCAGGAACAUCCGCGGAAACGCGAGAAGAAGAAGAAGGGAAACUGUUCGUCGAAGCAACAGCAGCAACAGCAACAGCAGCAGCAACACCGUGCAUGGACUGCACCACCGAUGAUUCCACGCUUGAGAGAACCAAAAAUAGUCGACUUUAUCGACUACUUGAACACCGCCCGAUGCACCGCCGCCAACUGAUGCGCCUGCUUGUUAUCCUCCAUGCAUCCGCCCACCCCCGACUACAGCCUCUUUCAAAAACGGUGCACGCUAUAAAAGAAAUUCAAAGUUCCUCGAUCAGAUUUUCAAAUUCUCUCAUCGGAAACUUCAUUUCGGACACAGAGAAACAAUUAACGUUUAUCAUUAACCGCUACCGUCAUCUCACGGUGGUAGCUAUCUUUUUUUCUUCUUUUUUUCUUUGGGCUACUUCUACCGGAAAUGUCGAGUAAAAAAAACAUUCGUGCAAAGUCUUUUAUAUCGUUCGUGGUAGAGCCGGAACAAACAGCGCGCAGAAGUAAUGCUUUGUCUUCGUGAAACGUACGCGAAGCACGCGUCUGAGAAAAAAAAAAUGAAUAUGUAGCCUUUUCCGCGGACGAACGCUUUAUAUAAAAUAUUUUGUCGCCGGAAUAGUAGACGGCGAAGGGUUUCUCGUAAAUAUCACCGUCGAGGAAAUACAGAGAGAAUUUUCCAUAAAAUUUGAACGCAAGUAUUUGGUAUCGGUAUCGCAUUUAUGAACGGGAAUAAAUCAGAUAAACUGCGAGCGUUAAACAUCCAUCGUUUGAUUAUCCUGAAACGGAUAUCGGCUAUAAAACGUGGCGGAAAAAGGAAUUCUCGACAGCUUGAUAGACGACCCAUCGAACCGAAAUAAAAAAGAAUCGACAGAUACGUCGUGAGCGCUUUUCAAUUUCAAAGCGUCGCAUAGGUGGAACGUUUCGAACAAUUAAGAGAAAGAACAGGAGCAAACGUUUGCGAGCGUGUACCAGUCAGGACGAUGAGGGUAAUAAAUCAACCUGGUGGACGACGUGUCGCAUCGAUCUGAAUUCGCGUCAGGUACGAAGACCUGUGUGCCGUCGCAGUUACACGAAAUAACCGAGCACCGAGAGAAGAGAUCAACGGUGAACGUAGGUAAAUGUCAAAUGCAUGCGGUACUUGUAAGGAUACACAAAGACCGUUUGAACGAGAUUGCAUAGGACGCAUCGAAGAUUCAGCGAGGAUACAUUCGCGCAUCGUUUCCAAUAACAUUUCUCAGUGCUUUUUAUCCUGGAGUCGAGUCGCAGAAUCCUUUGAUACCGCUCGUAGACGCAAUGCUUCUGGGCCGCGGUAAUAUUCAGAAUGAAAUGUUUUGUAGUAGUAUAGGGACGCAAUUAUUAUUCGAGGCCGGUGCAAAGAACCCGUUGUACACGGAUAAGUUUAACGCGUUUUUCCUUCUGCCAAGCGUUUGUUUGCGCGUAGAGAGGCGCUGUUAGAUGCUCGUCUUACGACUUCCGCUUCCAUUGACGCUCGCGGGUAUUACAGGCUCUUGCCGUGAAAGUAGACAGCAGGGAAAAUGGGAUCCGCAAGGGAGACGGAGAGAGGAUAGAUCUCGAGAAAAUAAGGACUCUCGGGUGAUCUUUGUCCGGAUAAAAGAGACCGGGUUUACGCCUACCACGGCUUCUCGUACGUGUAAGCCCGCGUGUGCCAGCAGCUCUUCUUUUCUCUUCCCGUGCUAUCCGAGAAGAAGCAUGGAACGUUGUAAUGAUCUCGAGACCGCUUUGUUCCUGAACAUCCUAAUCCGGUUGCAGUUUGAGGUACGACCGAGAGAAGAGAAAACGUAAUUUUCUUUGCUCUCCGAAAAUAUGAAAUCUGAUAUUCUUUCUUUCGUUUAAAAUUUCUUCGAUAUUUUAGAGUGGUCUUCGAAUAUCUGCAAAAGUAAUCGACGUUCUGCCGUUCGUUAGAAUCAAGUUGGAGCAAGUUGGAGCCAAUUGUAAUUACUUCCAUCGGUGAGGAAGCUCUAAGCCAAAGUCAAACUGCCGUUGAUUAGCUUGUGGUCUCUGUAUGCCUACUAAUGAAGACCACCAUUAUCGUCGGCUGUGUAUUAACAGCGGGUUCUUAGCUGCUCCGCCCAAACAUACCGUGAUUAUGUAUCUUCGCCUUUGAAAGCUACCAACUGUUUCUGUUUCCUAGCGUGCAUUCGCCAUCCCUGUACGUACGUACCGCGUAUCAUAACCACCGUGUCCCAAUUAACGGAUUAAACGGCUCUUCACAGAAUCCUUACAAAUAAACGUUGCCGCGUUUCGCUUGUUUGAACUGCUAAUACCUGCGCGACCGACAGAUUUCGUCGAACGGCGAGGGACGAAACGAAUAGAAAUGAUAUCGUUUACGACUCACUGUUCGAUUUCCUAGGUUCUUCACUUUGCACACCAGCUGCACCGUUUUGCCCACCAGACCGGUGAAGUUCGACUGCAUGGAGCUGUCGAAAUGGGGCCCUGUCCCAGGAGUCGGCCAUUCCUCCAGAAAGUCGGUUCGAAAGUUUCGUAGACAUGACGCUAUACCACCUGGGAAAAUAAAUUCGAUCGAUUAGUAUUCGAUUAAUAACAGAACGAAACUUGGAACGCGAGCGUCACUCGAUUAGACGUUGUGAAAUAUUGACAAUUUUCUGACAGUUGCAGUCAACGGUAUCUUACAUCCCGUUACCCGGAUGCACUCGUUACGUUUAAUCUCGUUAAAGCAGUAUAGUCGGGGUAUAAAUAGUUAACGAGAUGGAGAUAGUCGGAGAAGGGGGUUUGGAAUUGAAUAAUCUCGAGCUAACUGGCUGGCUAUUCAGUUAAGCGAUCUCUCUCAAGAGAGAGCUUACGUAAAGACUGUGUCUAUGGGACACUUUGAAAAGGCCGUGAACUUUCAAAGAAAUUAAAACGCAUCAACUAGCGUGCAUUUUCAUGACGUUUGAAGAAACAUUCAGUCGAACUAAGGGAUUAUAAAAUUUAUAUUCCUUUCUGCAAUACCAAGGAUUUCUAUGCAUUUUCGAUAAAAACUGUUACGUUUUAAUAAACUAUGGGAUAACAUUUGUAUUUCUGGGAAAAGAACAGGUGGAAUUGCAAAUCUGAUCAUGGGUUCAAAGCGGAAAUCGGGAGGCACGUUGAAACGCGAGGGUUCAACGAGAAAAGCUGAAACGCGAACCGGAAUGCAAUCGAGCUUUUCUUUGCAAUUGCUUCACGGAAUCAUUUGCGUGUCGAGUAAUACUUUUCCGGUAGAGGGAAUUCUCUUUCCUCUCUUUACACCACCACCUCGUAGACUACAUUUUUUCCAAAAGCGAUUAAUCCAUUGAUUCUUCUAAGAUUGAAAAUUUUUGUAUCGUUUCCGAUUAGCCAAUUAACAUUUUAUCGCGCAUUUUUCCUCGGUUCUGUUUCAUCGGGGGAAGGAGACGUUUUUCAGAGUGAAGUCAUUUCUUGCGAAAGAAUUUAAGAGCAGACAGUGCCGAGAACUCUUCAAGUUUCGAGUCGAGAGAGUAUCGCGCACUACGGCAACCACGAUUCCGUCGCCCGUACUUCGACGAAAAUUAAUUUUAACCCGGGACAGUACCGUUGAAUUUUCUCUCCGACGUGUCUCGGCUCUCCUCGAAACUCUCAUACACUCGGUCGACCAACAAAAUUGCACCAUCGUUGUCUAGAAAAUAUUCCCAGUCCGGUUUUACUCUCCUUUCGUCGGCCAAUUUAGUCGAAUUCUUGGCUAAAACUUUACUUUUCCAGCUUUCUCGAUCGUGAACACCGGCAAUCUCGAAAAUUAAUUUCACGCCGGUAUUCCCGUGGACCAAGUGUCUUUUUUUUCUGCAUAUUUGCAUUUAUCAACGCGGUAUCACCAACAGAAAAUUAGACGUUAUACUUUGCUCUCUUCGUUUUGGGAUUUAAUUUUAUCGUCGGUCCGGUGGUUUGUUCCGAAACAGCGAUUUUCGCUAAAUAGAUUCUAAAUUAAACGAUUCCGGUGAUCUGUGUGAUAAUUACUUGAGUUAACGAAUUCAUAAUUGAAAGCUUCGAGGACAACUAUUUGUUAUUUUAACAUUGGGAUCAAAUCAGUGUUCCGCAUAAUUUUCUGUCCGUCGCGAUGCGUCGAAUAAAAGAUGGUUUCGUUUCGUAUAAAAUCAAAAUAAAUUUGACGAUACGAAUAGCACAGUUUAUUAUCUUAAUGAUUACUUUAAUGCAAUUUUAUUCGGAUAAUUUCGGACGCAAUAAAUUUGUUUUCCGCGUUGAUUGGUUCACAGAGGAACGCAUUCAUUCGAUCGGAUUUCUGUUGGUGGAAGAGCCGAAAGUUCGACCAGGGUGGCUUGUACUCUGCAGCUUUUUCCACUGGAAAAAGAGGUCAGAUAAGUUCACAGGGAGUAUCGGAUAAUCUAUAAUCAGGCGGCUGGGCCGGAAAUUAAUUUUACGCUCGAAUCUACUAAUCCAUCUUUGUUCCUCCCUUUCGAACUCGCUCCUUUUUACCUCCGAUUCACGUUCCUUAACUCUUCCGGAACUUUGUCGUGGCAUUUCUGCAAUUGCAAUAAUUACCUUGCCAGAGUACCUGCAUACUUUUCCGUGAAUGAAAAUUUCACUUCACCAGCGAAAUGAAAAGACGCGAUACAAUUACGUUUCAUUGAAUAAUUCGACUGUUCGCGUGACUUCUAAUUUCAGCUUUGAUAGGAUUUGACGGAAAGUUCUAUUAAACGCUGGGUAUCCAAUCAGAAAGCAAUCAGAUUAACAAAGAGAUUGUUCAAACACUUGAUGAAAAAAAAAAAAUAAGCAAGAAUAAUGCUGUAACAAUGAAACCGAAAAUAUCGAACGUUUAUAUCGUGAUUAAAAUGUGAUAUUAAGCGCAAACUCUUUCGCGAUACAAACAAUUUUCGUGUCGUUUCGAAAAACGGUGCUGAUGAUAACGCUGUUAAUAACAAUGUUGACGAUAUGUAAAAUAUAAUUGUCCUUUUCCAUUUGAAAUUGGGAUUCAGAGAAGUUUUUCAAAUUAAGCAGCAAUUAAACAUUAAGAAAAAUGUAAAGUUGCAAGAUAGUUGAAUAAGUAAUUGGUACGUCGAGUCGAAUAACUUUCUGGGAGAAGAGCUCCUUGAGGCGCGGUAACGUGGAUUUUCCUUUGCUCGUCACAUAAAACGUCAACUUCCCGUCAUCCCUGUGCCGGAACUUUGGAAUAGCCUCUUGGAACGUUGCAGGACCGAGUGGGAUGACUCGGCACUAGCUUUAUAAUUAUUUGAAGCAUGCUGGUUGCCGCUUGUCCAUCACGGCUAACUACCAGACGGCUUCUUCUCGACAAUGAAGGACACAGGAUGGUUUGGUUGCCAGCCGCAAAAUCCUAUUUCGCUCCACCCUACUUUGCCACCCUCGCCAUUACUCCUCCCGCUAUCCGAAUGCAGGUUUUACGAGUGGUUCACUCGACUUUCAUAUCCCUUCGAACUUUUUCUCUCGGCCCACCUAACUCUCGUUUCCCUUCGUCUCGUCAUCGACUGUGACGUUUAAUUAGGCACGAAGUCGUUGAAUUGUUUCCAAGCAGAUCUUGUUAAUCGUAUUUUUCACUCGAAACGAGAAAAAAAGCGAACGUUAAAAUCACUCGUAUUAGUUCAGAUUUAUUUCACAAGCUUCGUUUCAUCGGAUUCGCUCUACCCCGGGGGGAGGAAAUAUAUUUCAUGUUCUCUUGGAUGUCCCUUGCGUAUCCUUCGAAUGUUUCUACGUUGCUAUUUUUUCAAUGAUCCAAUUUUAACUCAGCUGAGAAUAGAUAGCCGUCGAUAGAGCAAAAUAAUCUCUGAUAAAUUUCAAGCUAGGUAAAAUUAGCUGAAAUGUGAUCCUGUUUCUCUCAGUGUUUGGUCGACGGCAACCAGCCAGUCCCAAGGCGGGUAAUGAAAAGCAAACGAACGGUCGAAUCGACUCGGUAGCUCAUCGAAAAAGGCUAACAUUGCUUGGCUUUGCUUCGUCAAAUCGGCCUCUUGACGCUACUCUACCGUGGUCUCGGGUGAAUUACUUCGGUAAAAUGGGAUGAUUCUCUCGUUACGCAGCUUAGCAAAUUGUUGAACAUGAAGUAUCUUCAGCUAUGCCUUCGGAUAUUUCCGAUAUUAAUUAUGUUAGAAACAUUUUCUAGUCAAACAAAGUUAGCACCACCAUCACAUUCUAAGGGGUUAAGCCGUUUAGUUUCGUUCCUUAAUGCAAGACGAUACUGUUUUCACGUAGAGGAGCAUCGACGCGAAGUGUAACCGAAGAAGAAAGUAAAGUACCGGAAGCUCGUGUUCUAGCCUUAUCCUCCGGCAAAUCGGUAUUCUCGAUCGAUCGCGUUACGGCUGGCCGGAUACUUUAAUCCAACAGUCUUUGUAUGGUAUACAGGGAUGACGCGAAGAGCGGAUCAUUAUUUUCGUUAACGCGCCGCUUUGUCCGGGCCGAGAGUCUUGGAUCGGGUUGGUUAAGUGGUGAACCGUAGGGAUGAAAUCCGACGGUAAACCGAUGGUGCAGCUCUAGCCGUUGCAAUUAACCGCGUCGUUUCACCGAGCAACGUCAUAAAUGCGAGAACCGUGCAGCUUCUACGGGCUCUCCGAUCGUCCUAUAAACGCCUACUACUUUAGCUUGUAUCGACGUUUCACUGCCUCCGAAUCGUUCCAUGGACCGACGAUCAAAGUGAAUUCGAGAAUCCGCCAGCUAGAUUUCAUUGUCCCCUAUGAUCCGAGUGCGAUUAAACAAGAUGCUUCGCACGCGAGUUGCGGGUUAGCAGUUUGCCGCACUACCCCCAUUUUCGUUAAGACGGUAAAACGAUGCUUACCGAGGCAUUAUUUAAGAAACGAUACGAAACGAAAUCGCAUAAUAAAUUAUUCAAAUUGAAAUUGAAAUUCAGAUAGUACAUUACUUUGGCAAACAAGAAGAAAUUCAUAAACAGCGAUGAUUAUAAUCUUUUUUAAUUUCACCCCUGUCAUCGGCAAACGAUCUGUAAAUCUAACCGUUAAAUUGUUUCUGUCGUAAAAACGAACGGCUGACAAGAACAGACCGCAGCCAGGUUGGCGAGAGAGUUUGCGGAAAAACUUAAUUCCAGGUUAGCCAGCAUUUCGCUGGAAUCGUUGAAACCUCGUGUCGUCGAGCACGCGAAUCAGAAUCCAACCGGGUAGGCGCUUUCUUUUCGACGUUAACUAUCAAAAUAAAAAUGAAACGCGUUGCCAUUAACCACAAGAGAACUGGAUACGUGGAUGUAGAGUAAUUCUUGAUAUUGGACACGAUACGGCUGACAAUAGCAGCUGAGAAAGUAAAAUACUAGCCACCUGACAGUCUCCCGUUAUUUCUCCACUUUCUUCCUACAUUUCUUCAUCUAUUUACGUAUGCAUCUGUAAAGGUGCGCGUUUUAAAUUACCUUAUUGCAAAAGCUGUUUCUUUUCACGCGAAAUAAAAAGAUAAACGAGUUUGUAGAAAUUUCAGAACGAAAAAAGGAUAACACAGUUACGAUCAAUAGGUCGAUUGUUCUUUGCGAACGUUGAAAUCAAAAUGGAAUAUUUACAAUUCUAUUGAAGCCCUUUAGCGGAAAAACUGAAGGGAAGAAAGUGUCGAGUAACGAGUAUUGUAUAAAGGGUGAAAAGCAACAGCGUAAAAUCGUGUUUUCUUUCAACCCUUCGUAACAAUCGUCGCGAGUUUUUCAGGUUUGCGGGAACGUUGGCCUGCGAAUGCGUUCGUUCGCGAAGAAAAAGCAUUGUAACCGUUCACGGAGCCAGCUCUCCAGAGAAAAUCUCGUCGAGAGGCGUAGGAAGAAAAGUGAAACGCGGUCAAAGACGAACGAGAAAUUAUUUCUGCGUUAAAUCUUCCCACUGUUAUCCGUUUCUGUUUUGUCUCGAACACGAAACGCAAGAUCUUUUAUCCCCUCGGUCGAGACGGACAACGGAGUCCUCUCCAUUACUCCUCUGAUCCGUUUCUCUUGAUACUUUGAAGGAGUCGUUAGGAUCGUGGAAUCACGAUAAUAACGAGAUUCUCGACAGAAUAUUUUGGCUGACUUACCAAAAGAAAUGAUAAAACAGACGAUCACCGGAAGAGAAGUAGACAUCGCUUGUUCCUCGGCGAGGUUCCUUUCACAUAUUGAUAUACUAUCUCACACGCAUUUCAAUCAUUGAACCCUGCAGUCACGCAUCGAAUGGACGAAAUAGUUUCGCUGGCACUGAUAGUUUCACGAAAAAACUGGCAUUUCACUCGAUCCUCUUCUGAAAUCCUUAUUCGUCACUGUUUUAAUCGAUUGAAAAUGUCUCGUCGGUCAACAUCACCGACAAACGUUUAACAGGGAAAAGAAAGGAUAUUACAACAAGUAUGAAAUCUUACGAGCACACCGCGUAUUCAUCCCGUCAACUUGACCGACUUUGCUCGUUCUUUCUCUGCGGCUAAACAAACGGGCAGCAGGAACGGGGGCGGUUUCGAAUUCCACCGGGCAAAUUAUUCUCCACAGUGGCAGGGAGAAAAUGUAACGGGAACGUUGCUGUUACGCGAACCGCUAAUGAACGUAAUUAACGGCACGAGUAUUUUGUCGACGUUAGCGUGCCACUAUAGUCUCUGCUCGUAUAAGAUCCGACAAAAUGACAAGUAGAGAAAGAGAGUGAGUGAGAGAGAUAGAGAUAGAGAGAGAGUGAGAGGAAGGGAGGAGGGAUAACCACGAAGGCUUUCAUAUGCCUUUUCACCACCGCAACAUCGUUCGCGUUGCAUUAGGCGUCACUCGUUAAAGUAAUUUCCUCGUUACACACGUUUCAUCGACCGUUCUCUCGGUGGUCGCGCGUCGUUACACCGUUGCAUCGUCUCCGACUAGCCCGUCGAACUUGUUUAAAGCAUCAUCGGUCCAUUGUCUGCCGUAGGCGACAGUUAAUCGGAGGAGUCGAUCGAGCGUAAGCGUUCACCGUAACUUCGAAAUCGCUCGAUAUCCCCGUUUGUCUCGAUUCUUUCGAGCGUUCGAAACGACCGCGAACAGCAGAUACCUUUUUCACCCGCACCGACACUGAAUGCACAACCGUGUCACAGAAACGUUCGGCUAAACAGACCUCGAGAUUAUCGUGCUUGAUACACCGACAGCUCUUCAGCUUCGACGUCCCAUGGGUUUCGAUUUUAUAUGGUUAAUGGACGAGUACGGAUAUGGGUACAGAUUUGGAGGGAUAUUUCGACCGUUGGCAGUAUUCUACGUUUUAGACACCAACGAUGCGUUAAAAUUACAGUUCAGUUUUAUGAAAUUCGUGGCAACUCUUCGAAUCUUCGAGUAGAUCCGCUUCGUAGAUCCAGAAUCUUCUUUCGUUAAUCGUAUCAGCGAACAGGAAGUUCUUCUAGCUGGUUGAAAUCCAGUUGCUCAGCUGCAUUCAGCGGGAAUCGCGAGGAAAGGAAAGUUGGUGCCAAGUUCGAUCGGUCUGAAAACGAUAACCGUACGUCAGCCAGUUUCCUCCGUUGAGACCAGCCGAUCUCUGGCUAGUAAUUCGUGGCCGAUAUUCGAUUUAUCCGGCAAUAAAUCGGUUCGAUGUAUCCAGAGUAUGAAAACCCAUCGAACGUCGAUCGACGUUCAAAUAUCUCGCGCGCGUACAUCCAUGUCCGACGUUCACGAAUCACAAUUCACCGGUUACGUCACCACAACACACUGGCAGGAUCGAUCUGUGUAUCGUCAUUUCACGAUUGGCUGCACAAUCACGAGGCUGAUUUAUCUCCGGUAUCCUGAACGAAAGUUUCGAAAAACCGAAGGUAAUCGUGUCGACAGCGAAAUGUGGGCGAGCGCGGAGGGAAACGGUUUAUCCAUCGGAAUUCGACGGAUUUGUGGAAGAAUCAGGUGGUUCGAAGGUGGAUCAGCGCGAAGGUUGUCGGACGUGUCGUCGGCGGAACGCGCGCGACGGCAGGAGGUCGCGGAUCUUUCGAAACGACGAUGCUCCCGCGUCAAGGAUAGCCGAGGGACUACAUUGCGCGAGCGCCACUCGGGCUUCGAGCACGCAGCCGCCCCGUGCAGACUCCACGAACUCCGUUACACCACCGUCCCACCACCCUUUCACCCUUCUCCGCGGACCCUGUACAAGCCACCUUCCUACUUCUAUUCUAUCAUUGUGUGGGUCGAAGCGCGUGCGCGCUCACCUGUGCCCGCGUGUCUAUACCUUUGCUUAUAUAUCAGCCCGUUUUCCCACCCUUCUGGCCGCCACCCUUCUUCUUACAUUAUUUUCUCUCCCUCUUUAUCCUUAUUCCUACUUAUUCCUGCUCUUCCUCUAUUCUGCAUCCAACCUUGCUUCCCACCUUCAGUUUCUCUUUCUUCUUCUUCUCCCCCUUGUUUCGUUUACAUCGUCUAUCUUUCGGAUCUUCCUCGCUUCUUCUGUUUGCUGUUGAAUUUUUUUCUUCUUAUUUAUUUCUUCUCAUUCUACCUCCUUUCAUGUCAAUUUUGCCUUUUGUAUUCUGUGUCCCUCGCGAUCACGAAGGUGUCGGGCUUUGCGUGAGCCAAGUCUUAAACCUGAGCCACCUAGUCGAAUCGCUUCGAAUAAAUUAUACAUUAAGUGGAAGAAUUGAAUGAAUCCGAGAGGGAUGUAACACGGUAAGAGCGGGGUUUAUUUGCAGGUGUAGGUGUAAGGUGGAUUCAUCGAGCAGCUUUGUUUUCUUUUUUUUCUUAAGUAGAACCUUGCAUUUUUUACACGAGACUUGUAAAGAGAACUAACCCGUGUAUGUAUGCGUUUUGUUUCAAAGAUUCUGCAAGAUUCUUUCGCGAUAAAGAAGCGAGCUUCCAGGUUUUCUUACGUGCCAGUAGCGAAGAGUUUACAAUAAACUGAAAGUUUCUUCGAAAAAUUUACGGUAUCACGGCCUGGAUAAAUCUUUCAUGACACGGAGAUUCGAUCUUCGUCUCGUUUUUCCGGGAAAUGUCACUAGUAUAAGCGUGAAAAUUGAUAUUCGACUUGAAUUCAGGUUAAAUAUCGCGAACGUCGAUUCGAAAUCCAAGCAUUGUUAGCGCGUUUCAGGGAUUCCAAGAAUACCGUUUAUCCUCUAGUGGCAAGUUAAUCGGUGAAAGAUCCUUCUUUCCGCAUGUCCGCCAACCAACGACCGCUGACUGACUGGCUGAAGUGACUCGUAUAGAGGCUCAUCUAUGCAAGAUCGAUAUGUAUAUUCAAGAGUUCUGAAUAGCCUGCGUGUUUCUGCACCGUAGGAAAUUCAUUGUCCAUCAAGCAUCGACUCCACUAAAUUCCGAACAACCGCCUUUCGAUACCGUCGAUUACACGAUCGAUAAACAUAGAGAAUUACAAUUUUUCAAAAUUUCAUCUGACACAAAUCUCGUAAUCGUUUCGCGUGAACAGGUGGUCGUCGAUUUAUCGAUAAAGCUCAUCUACGAUGCUCGUAGCAUUUUAAUUCGUUAUUUCGUACAUCUAGGCAGACAAAUAAAUAGAGUUAUUCUCGUUCGUUCGUGUCGCAAGGAAGAACACAGAUGCAGUUGAUGUAGUAGCGAACGCGGUCUGGCACGUUUCGCUAAGAGAAACCGAUGAGCAUUAUUUUGCGCUCGAUGUAAAACCGCUGUUUCACUUCUCCGCGCAAUUUUCCCCGCUUAUAUGUGGAGCAGAAGAUCGACGUAUCCGGGAAUUAUACGCGUGGACGUGUGCCAGAAUAGAGGAACUCGAGCACCUCGUCAUCUUCGGUCAAAUUUUAAGGAAAUAUUUGUUAUUUUUCUCCAGUCUUCAUUGUCGAUACGAACACAUCGAUUUCGUUGAUAUUUCUACGUUCGAAACCUUUUGCAUAGGCUGUUUGUCAGCUUUGCCAUUACGCGGUCGCGUCCAUUUGCGAGCGGAAGCACUUACGCCCGCUUCAAAACUAGCAAACCAGUUUCAUCGACGUACCGAUCUUUCCCUAACGAAAUCGUACGGCUAUUAGAGAAAAAAUUAUUCACCCGAAGUUUGUAUAUUUCGCUUGUUGGGUGUCCUGUUUCGAUCCUUAGGUGACUGAACAAACAGCUGAUCGCGUAGGUGUAGAUGCACUCGCAGAGGGGAACACGUGUACACACGAGGAUGUACACGCAGCAAGCACUAUCGAACAGUUUCAGAUUAUUUACACUAACGUUUAUUGCGGUACAAGAAGGGCCAAGGGUGAAUGACCUCUUACAGGGUUGAUAGUGUUUGCCGAGUGUACUUACAUGUACCUAGACACGACCCUUUGUGCUAGUGCUAGUAGUUUCUCUGACCAAGCGUCGGUACUUCUUGUCUAAGGUUUCUGCAGGUCACCUCGAAACUUGAACAAUCAAUUUUCAAUCGUUUACAGCUGAAGAAUAAUAAAAAUAUCGGAUUCCUUUGGAAUUUGCAAUUUUUUAUAACGCACACCACUUUUGAGAUUCUCUGUACGAUAUUAAAUUUUGUGAAUUGUAGAGCAUUAGGAACAUGGUUCGGGUACCUGAAGUACAUACGAAGCGAAGUUACCAGUAUCGAUCGAGUAGCUUCAAUACAGCCAUGGCAAGGGUUAUGGUACAGUGAACCACUUUAUAAAGGAAAUAUAGAACGAUACGUUUCCUGGCUGCUCUAAAAACAAUCGCACACGCGACGGAUUUUCCUCGUAGAGGGUAUAAAAGUAUAUAUCCCUCUCUUUCCUUCCGUUCCUCUUCGUCUCCCUGAUUUUCUUACCCUCUCUCGAGAAUAUACCCUUCUUCCCAUUGUUGCGUUAUUCCUCGACGGUCACUAUUUUCCUACCGGCCUUCCUCCUAGUUAAUGGAAUUCAUUAAUCCUAUCUGCCAGAAUAGCCACUUCGUUAUUCUUAUUUAAAAGAUGGAUCGCUCGAAUGUCCGCCAGAACGGCAUCCAUUAACGCCGACUGAAUGAUGUUCCGUUCCUUUUAUUUUCUUAUUUUUCAACUUACCCCUCCGAAGUUUUGAAAAGGAACGUUUUGUAGCCAGACUUUUUGGUACGUCGUUUAAAGAACAAUGCCACUUUCCGGGAUUAUUUUAUCGACGUCGAAAAUUAUCGUUCGAUGUAUGAAGUUCGAAAGUUGAUGUAAUAUUUGAACGCGUUAAUAGACUAAAGCGUUAACACGCAUAGGAUCGACGCUAUGUUUUAAUUACGAAUAACGCAGCACGAAGGACGAAAUCAGUGUGCCUUCCGUUUUAAUCUUCUUCAUCUAAUCUUCUCUCCUCAUCCACCGUUCCACGGUUAACAAUAUCCCGUCCCCAUAGUUCGUGGCUGUACUCAAGUUCGUAUCAGUUAAUUAAUUCAUUAGAGAAGUCUCGUUCCAUUAUAAGGAGUAAGCCUAAUUACCUGACGAAAGAGAAGUUUAAGAGCUCUCUCGAGAGUCGGCACGCGCAUCAAGCAACGAUUUCCUCUAGGUUUGUUACCUCCGUUUCCAUUUCCUUUGAACGUCUCAAAGAAUUUCCCCGUUUGAUAUUUCUUCAGAGCUUUGCCAAUGUUUCGUUAAACGAGGAGGGCUGAUUCUCCUAGCAAUUAUCGCGAGAUCCUCCAAGACUUUCGGAACAAAAAUGAACGUCAGCGAAUAAGUGUUAUAUGAACAGAUGCGAUUCUCGGAAAUAUUUCAACCCGUUGUUCACCGUUCGAUCGCAAACAUUGUUAACGCGUUUGCAAACUAGUUUUUUAUCGCUUAACCAGCGUCGUUCGAACAGGUGAAAGGGAACAGAGUUUCCAACUAGCGUUUCAUUGAAAUUAUCUCAUCCAUGCAUUUCCAUCGCGAUACAACGACGCGUUACGUGCAUCGAAUCUCCUCUGGCAUGAUUCUAGGAUCGUUGAACGCUGCUCGAUGCAUCGAAAGUUCCCGCCACGUUCGAUCGCACGUUCAAUCGAACAGUCACGCGAUACAGUCGUUACGUCGUUUUUCGAGAAUCGACUAAACUCGUUUUGAACGGUGCGAUACCAUGGCUGUGUUAUUUUUCGGUUGAAGAUCGAAAGAAUGAAAAGUAACGAGCCUCUCGCAAGAGAGGCGAACGAUUUGGAAGUGGCUUCUAUUUCACAGAAAUAGCUGAGAAAAGUGUGAAGGUAGAAACCGUAAUGAAAUUUUUCCCCUUCAUUUUCGAUAAGAAAAGAGCUCAGCAAGUAGUACAACCCUAUAAUUGUACCGGCGCCGAUGUCUGAUCGAGCGUCGACUCGUUCUACUUACCACUAUUUCACGCACGCGUUCAAUUUGAAAUUUGAUGAAUAUUAAACGAGAAUGUUCUUCGACAUCAAAGAACCUGAUUAAACUAUUUUUAUGUUAAAUUUUUGAUGAUGCUGCGAGUUGAUUAAUUAAAAUCAUAGCUACGCUGAAAUUGUUCGUGCAAUAUUAAAACCAAAUGAGAGAAGGAACGCUAGACGAAGGUACGAGUAAUUUCCGGCUUUGUUUCAACGCGCGAUUCUGCGAACGGAACGGAGCGAGACAGUAUUUUUCCGUAUUUACUCGGCGGAAAUCCACACGGGAAAUGUUUAAAGAAACGGGAUCGACCGAGAAGACAUAGGAAGCAGCAUUGCCCGCGUGUCAGCGGAAUUCUUUUCGACCGGUGCGCGACGAUAUUUCGUUGGAAAGUACACCGGGAAACACGCGUGUCGUCAAUUCGAUCAAAUGAAUUGCUUCGAACGAAGGAAGGAAUCGAAGGGAAUCGAGGGACGAAACGAAAGGGGACAAAAAUCGUGGAGGAAAUUUUGCAUGUUACCUCUUUAAUUUACCGAGGAGCUUACGUUCGAAGGGAAUAACUAUGGUCGGAGGUUUAAUAUUGCGCGUAGGUCGCGUAAUCUGUAAGCAGCGAUUGAGGGCGAGGAGGGUAGCAGGAGGGUUCGGUGCGUCGAGGAAAAAGGAAGCAGCAUCUUAUCCAGCGGAAAAUUGGCGGCACGGUUAAGUUCCAGGCUUGAAGUUCGCCUAUUACCGUAUAUAAUAAAGAGCCGUUAUUCCGUGGCGCCUCUUAUCUCUAAGGUAGCCGUGAAAUAAAGAGACGUAGACUGUGCCUCGAGUGGAGAACGAGACACCUAAACGAGAGAGGACUCUCCGUUCCGUUCUGCUCCAACUCAGCCCGUACCGGCGAGAAGCCCACAGGCUUCAGCAAACAUUACACCGUAGACAGGGACGAAAAAAGAGGAAGAUCACUGGCUGGCUCGCUGAUGAGACUCCGGUGAGAUACGUUUGUCACCGGGCUGAUAGAAAACCUCUCCUUACAGCUUUUUUCCUCGACGAGACAAUGGCCGAUAGGAUGCAUUAUAAGAAGGAAUUAAGGAGUCGGGAUCGGAUAAGCGGACCGCGGGAAAUAUUGAUGCGAACUUAACGAGAUACAUCAAGGAAUCACUCGUCUGAUCAAACGUCGACUCUUUGAACGUUCCAAUUUGUUUGCUAGUAACGUUUCCUUGAACAAAUGCUCGCCGAAUGUCGGUCUAUUCUUGACGAAACUCGCGAAUUAUUCAAACGACAGAAGUGCAGGGAAACUGAAACUUUGUUCAGCAGCUGAAACGCGUAUUGGCACUUUUAUGCUGCAGCUUAUUUUAGGAAUUUUCUUUUAGAGUUAGCCCAGUUCUGAUAGAACAAACAAGCUAACAGAGUGGUAAUAAAGGAUACGAUUGAAAAGUAACUUGCGUCGGUAAGAAACUGUUAAUUUGAAAAUCUAAUAGGAGGUAAUUAUAUCGUCGAAAAGAUAGAAACGUUUUAAUUCUUCGAGUCGGGGGAACUUGGCGUUAAUCUGGUAUUUUGGUCUCCUCCACGCGAUAUUCAAUUAAUGUUCACGAGGAACGCAAAAUCGAUAUUCUUUAGCUGCGAGGCACAGGCUUUUAAUUUCAUAAGCCAACUCCCGAACGAAUAUUAAUCGUAGAUAAUUGCAAUUAGAACUUGCGUUCGAUCGAAGAUUAACGAAUAAAUGAAUGAAGAAAAAAAAAAAGGGAAAUAGAAGGCGCGAAGCAAUCAGACGGAAAUAAGCUUAUUAAGUUUAAUCACAGCAAAAUGAUGAGACAGUAGAAUCAGCCGUAGCUAGCGCGGCGUACGAUAAUACGGAUUAUCAAAGAUAUUAAAGAUUAAUUUUUUUUAAUCCGAUGCUGUUUCUCGUCGCCAGUGUAAUUUUAAUAGCGUGCAACGUUUCCUCCCUCAGUUUUUUUUUUUUAAUCAUUCGACUAGAUUAAAUCCGAUCGGGUUGGACGCGUUAACCGCGUUAAAGUGAAUAAGUAGUCGACGAAAAGGCGAUUCGGUACCGUUUGCAUAGGACAUUACGACAUCGUUUAUCAUUUUUCGUUCUCUGGCCAGCUUCUGAAAACGCUAAGUACUCGUGCACGCAUUUAUACGGUGCAAUAAAUUGUUUAAGGUCAAAGUACCGCUCCUUUCCGCGCGUUUUUGUCGCAUAAAUAAACGAUGGAAAAGGGCAGAAGGGUGAUAAAUGCUUCCUAUCCUACUGCGCUCUCAUAAAGUGAGCGAAACAUUAUUCAUAUUCGAUUUCCUUUGACCUGCUGCCCUUUUUGCCCGUGUAUCGGACCGAGCAAGAAACCGUGAAAGCGAACUUUAUACAAGAUGUCAAAGAAAAAGGACUCGCAGCUUACGGGAUAGAUAGUAUUCAAUAAAAUACAUGAAAAAUGUUUCGUAAACACAGAUAUCUACUCGUUAUAUUUUUUCGAGAAAUUUAAUUCCGUUUCAUAACGAAAGUGACGCGUUUGCGAAUCAAUUAUAGUAUAAAUAGAAUAGUGUUUGCAAAAUGACGAUCGAUGGUAUUGAACGCAAUGAUAUUUAUCUUGAAAGCAGACUUGGAAUUCGAGGGUGAGCUUUGAAAUUCCGUUUCCACGACGACCGAGGGAGGCAAUUGAUUAGACUAGCUUAAUUUCGACCUUUGGGAUGAUCUAUGCACCGUCAAACCCAGCUCGUCACACUAACAAAUCGGUGGCAAUAAUCGAGGAGCUGUGUGUUAUGUUGGAUCGAACCCUUUGGCGAUUCGUAAUUAUGUAAUCUCGACGCGGAAAUUGUGAACUUUCGACUUGAUCUCUGUCUUCUCAGUUGUUGAAUUACCAUGGAAGAGUUUUCGUUGUAUCCUCACUAUUUUUAACCGUCUUAUGUAGUGAAAACAGAGUAGUCUAAAGGAGACACGCCAGGAUUCUCUGUAAAUCUUCAUGGUCCCUUUAAAACGUUUCCAAGCAAUCACGAGAAUGUCCGGCGAAAACGUUUUUAAUUAUACGGACGGUCGUUUGGGAAAUUAAAACACUGCGCCAAAGCAAUGCGUUAAGAAACAGAUUUUCGUCAAACGAGUUACGCUUGGUAAACUCGCGACUGAAAGAAUUUAAAACAUUAUACUGAAAGUAAUUAGUAAUAGCACUGUAAUUUAAAAAAGAGGAAGUAGAUGGUAUUAAAAUUUUAGAGGAGUUUCUCGAUUUAAAAUGUAAAAUAAAGGAGCUCGUGAAAUACGCGUUGCUUUGCUUCUAUCGUUAACCGAUAGCCGUUCAAUUAGCUUAAUUAAACGCUCGAAGCGUCGUAUUUAAGAUUACGAAUUGUCACAGUGCAAUCGAAUCGACCGUAUUACUUCGUCGAAGACGACUGGUGCUAGAAAUAACGUAAAACUAUUCAGAUUACUUUCAGAUUGGUAGAAUAGGGACAAGAUGGUCUAGAAAGUAUUCAACCGACUGGAUUCUCGCCAACUCAUCAGUAACUGCGGGAGGCGAUGUUGAAUCAAAAAGCGUAGCCAUUGCUCGCUUCCCUCGUAAAAAAUCUCGCGAACCUGGCUACGUGUUAAAUUUCAAUUUAACGUCAAAUCGUUUUGAACAGUGUGUCAAACGAUGAGCCAACGAGUACUUUAUUUCUACCAAAAUUAUGAAAUAUUCGCUCGUUCCCUCGGUUUUCCUGUUUUCGCGUGAAAGAUGCGCUGCAAUCUGUUUGUAUUUUUCUUCUUUUUCAACCUUAUGGAUUAAUUUAUAAACCGCGCUGGUUAAUGUUCAUAUUUCGCCUUGUUAUUUAAAGCUGAUUACAAAUUUUAAUCAUACACAAAGUUAUUAUAUUUCAGCUGGAAUAUUCAACGUGUAAUGCGGCUCCAACGUUUGUUGAUAUUUCAUUUUUUAAACUCGUUAUCGAGAUGUAGAUAGAGUAUUCAAUUACUUUAGCUUAAAAAAAUUUGAGUAGCAAUGAAAAACGGUCGUAUUAUAUUAAUGAUACAUCGGAAAUUGGAGCGCGGAACUGGUAAUGGUGGAUUUCACCCGUCUAGCAUUGCUUGCACUGCUAAAUCCUGGUAGCCAUAGGGGAAAAAGUAGAAAAACCGCGAUAACAGGUGCUAUUAUAGCCCGAUGUAUUUACGAUGGUGGACAGGUAGGUUUUAUUUGCAGCUGCGUCAGCACGCAGCCGGCUUCCAAGCGCGUUUCAGCUAGACCCUUGUACACCUGCUAAAUGUGAACUGGCCCGUAAAGAAAAAAGGAAAAACGGGAAAACGAAAAAAAGGAGGAAAGAAAGGGGGGGUGGUAAAAAAAGGGAUCUUACACGCGAGACGCCCUCUCCGCUCGUUGACUUUGUAAUUUAGCUGGUUGCUCCGCUGCGUCCAGACCGAAACAAAUAUUCGUUUCGCGCACGGCUUGUCGUCGUGAGCGUUCCCAUGCUUGCUUUCUACCUGCUACGUCCACCUUUCAUGCGUGUCACGUCGCCUUCACCGAAAUUUUCCUCGCUCCAGCUUUAUUGCUCCCCGGAUUUCUCGCGUUUCGUUCCGCGUAUGACCCUCGAGAUUUGCGACCCCUUCGCCGGAACGUAACUGUCGUCGACGAGCAUACUUUUUUACCGAUACACACACACACACACACACACACACACACACACACGCGCGAAUUUUCUCUCCGCCGGGUGUCGUGAAUAGCAUUUUCAUAGCGAACGACCUGUACACACGUAUCUUCACGAGAAACGACUCGUUCAGUUUUAAGAAGUAUAACGUCAUUUUCAUCUCCUCUCUACGAAUUUCCAGAGAAAAGAGGCAUCGAUUAGCGAGAAAUUAAUACGCUCGUGACAUUCGAAGCGAAACUCUCUGAUCGAUAUUGUAAUUCCUCGAAAAAGAAAGAGAGAGAGAAAGCUUUGUGCUGUGGCAAGUUCGCUUCCAAGUCUUGCCGAGAAGUUGCCUUUGACUGCAACGACAAAGGUAAAAUGUGGAUCGAGUUGCGAGCUACUUGAAACCGCAAAUCGAUGAGUUCGCUUUUCAUUUCUUUUUUAAUCUUUCAGCGAUUUCGUGAGUUGACGUUUCAAUCAUUUUUGCAGGAAAUGCAUUAACAGCUAUUGUAACGUUCCCUCGUUUUCCUUAUUUUUCAAUCGAACUAUUUUUAUUCCGUGAUCGAUGCAAUCGCAGAUCACGAAUUAAAAAGAAAUAUUACAAAUUUGUCCAUAGAACAUAUCCGAGAACGAUAGUGUCAAUAAGAGUAGCAGCGCAGCGUACGUCUGACUAAUCGUUGACUUAUACUACUUGCUUCGAUCGCCGCUCGCCUCCGCGGUGGUUAAUUUCGAGUUACACGAUGUGACGCAAUUAAAAUUGCUUGCAUCAACUGUACGGGUAAUUAGUCUCUUUCUCAAAUCAAUUAAAAGUUGUCAUUUCAACGCGAUGAGAAUAUAAUUGCGAUUUGCGUUGAUAACCGGUCCGCGAAAUACUUACGUACAGCAUUUUUCUGCCGACGAAGUUAUCAACGAUAAGAUCUUUAAUUGUCUCAUGGUCGCAGGGAGGGGUAACGAUCGAUAUUUAACGACUGCGAAAACGAGGUCGAGCGAAUCGGAUGAGGAAGAAAAAUCUUUCGAAGAAAUUACGUUACAGAGAGCAUUGAAAUGUCUUUCAGUAGUCACUUGUAAGCAAAAAUAUCUCAACUAAAUAUAAAAAUAUCAAUCAUUUCUAUUGAAUGUUCGCGUUUAUUUGAUAAUGUGUAGAUUUAUUAUAACGUCAAUGUUUGCUUUUAUUAAUAACCGUUUAAAUUUCAUUGCUUGCGAAUACAUUUACUUAUCGAAUUAGUAUGCGCAUACAUUGGCUAGCGAUCGCAUACACUUCCUGUAAUAUACAAAUUACAUAGUAAAAAACUAUUAGAUUGAAAAUUCAGAAAUUCAUUCGGAAGAAAUAGUAAAAAAGUAGCGUAGAUAUUCGUGGCAGAUUUUUCAUUUAAUAACAUUCGCGCGUUCCUUCGAAGUAAUCGGUAUUAAUGGUAGGAAAACGUCAAUUUUACUUGAAUACACAAAGCGCAACGAGAUUAUCGAUUCCUGUUAGACGCAACUGACCAUCGAUCGACGGCCUAUUGAACACGAAUGGACGAUCUAAACUGGAUCGUUUCAAACGAUUAGGUAUUCGAGGAAAGAACAAAGGCUUGGGUAAAAGGGAUGGGCUAACAAAAGGGCCGAGGGCGUAUGCAAACAUAGAGGCGCGUGUACCGUAGGUGUGUUUGGGUGGCAUAAUAAUGGAGGCACAUAAUCGCGUGUUUAGCGUCUCGUCAUGAGGCCCGGUCCCGCAGGAACGGUGCAUUGCGGCGAUCCUCUAUUCGGCAAUGAUAAAUUGACAGUGAACGCUCGCAAACGCUAGCCACUGAGAAGGAUCGUCCGUGUAAAAUUACCUUUCAGCUAGUUCUAUCGAUGCUAUGGACAUCGAGUCACCCGAUCCUCCUCGAAAUCGUUGCCAAAUUUCAUCCUCCUUUAACUCCUCGACUUCUAUAUAAUAUUUGUUUGUUCUUGAAAAAAAAAAAAAAAAAAAAAAAAAGAAAAGAACACGAUCCUUUUUUUUCUCCGUGUCCGGUCCAUAGCACAAGCACCAUAAGCGCGUCAAUUGAAAAUCGUCGAAGGCAAAUGGACGGCAUAAAUAGCCGCAGUUUGUUAAAUGUUGCAGGUAAAAUCAGGCCGGGCAACGAUUUUACGGAAUCGAGUAUGUGUGCAACGGGGCGUACGGUUGAAGCGUAUCGACAAAUACGGGAGUUACAGAGGGCCGAAGUGCAGAUGACGUGCUGCAUUGUACUUUAUUGUCCGCCAUUGUGUUGCAAAUCCAAACAAACGGACGGCAGAGCGAUUUGUUUAUGAAUGCAGCCUUACCGCGGCAUACAUAUUUGCAUAGCCUGGACGAUGUUCCGCUUUAUUAGCGUGUCGGGAAUUUAACGCGUCCUCGGUAAUGUCGUUGCGAUUCCCGCGGGGGAAUAACGGCUUUGCCGUACGAAUCGACAGGUUUUCGACGUGGCAAAAAUUCGUCCAAUGAAUUCUGCCACACCGCGCGCUUAUCUAACGAAUUUAAUCGAACGCGAGAACGUCCUGCUCGUCCAUAAAACACACGGUACGAAACUAUAAAAAUAGUCACGCGGCAGCGUACAACUUUUAUCUUACUUUUAUUCGCAAAAUUAACCCGAUUCGAUGACGAAUGUCGUAACUCAAAAAGAGGGAAGUUCGUAAGCGACUCGCAGAGGAAGUCGAAGAACUGUGUAAAAGUGUUUGCGUUCGUCUGCGAAGAUAAACGAAAUACUCCUUCGACGAGUUUGAACGGAAAGCGAAAAUUUCUGAAGCGUCGCUCGAGAAUAUUACGAGCCUUUAAACUGGACGAUUCAUAGGAGCGUAAAACUCCCAGAGAAACAUGUACAGACAUUUCCGUGAUCGGAAAUCGAGUUUAAAAGUAAAUGUAAGAGCGAAUGAAUCGAGGAUGUUACGGAUAAAUUGUAUUCUCCUCGGUGAAACGUUGCAUACAAUUUUUUAGAUCGAUUCUUAUUUGAUCAUUUAUCCAUUUGCUUCGUUCGAUUGUUGGAAAUAAAACCAAAGGUGUUUAAUAUUUGAAACUAGGAAUCGUCGAAUAUCGCAGAUUUCAAUUGAUCGCGGUUGUUCGUUCGAGUCCACCAUACGGUUCAGGAAAUUUGUCAAACGCCGUAUUGUGCGUUCAUUAGCUGUAUUUUCUCUAAACGAUGUGUUUAAUUAUUAAUAAACUUCCGCGCUUUGAUUGAAAUCUGCAAAGCAUCGAUGCACUAAUUUCACUCUGGCCCACUGUUUAUUGUAUCCGACAAUCAGCUCGGUGCAGUCAUUUCCAGCAAACGUUAAGCCUCGAAUUGACGUGGGGGUAAUUGGUAUUUCACGACACCUUGAUGUUUGUAAAUCGUAAAAUUUCUGGUUAAAGGUGGCAUGUUUUUGGGACAUAAAUCGGCUUCCUCGCGAGCACGCAACAUCGAGCAUCGCUGACAGACCCGUUGUUACCUUGUAUCAUUGUAAAACAUGCCUUGAGAUCAUAAUUCAUUGAGAUUUAACGCUGAGAAGCGUCACACGGGUGAAUAUCUUAACCGGAAACUGGAACUUCCGAUGUAAUGUAUACAAGUGGAACGCUCGGUUGCACCAGCCACGCUUUCUCUUUGAGAACUUCAUCCCUUGAUCCUGUUUCGUGGUCAACUCCACUAAGUUCCAGCCGCGUUCUCAUUUAAAUAUCUAUACACGACCGCGUGUAACAACAGACCGCACUGGAAUUCCGCGAUUGAGUAAUUACGUGAUUCGGCUACCUUCGAAUUAGCUGUUCCACAGUGCAUGUUUCUACGCGAUCGCUUGGUUACCUAUAAUUUACCUCCGUUACCUUUAAGUGCCGUGCGUCGCCGACCUUCCGGACAGAUUCUUGUUACGUACUUUCAAACAACAAGUUUGAUAAAAAGAAUUAUACUAAUUUUGAAUUGGUUUGAUUGACGAACGAUCCAGUUUUAGGGUUAAACGAAAAGGAGGAUCGAUCGGCGGAAGGGGAAGAAAAUAAAUGCAGCGUGUCAGAGGUGGGAUUAGGCGGGACUCGGUAUAAUUACGUGCGUAUGUGGUGAGCAUAAUGCCGGUCGGUUUCUAGGUCGACAUUAGAGUUUACUUGGUGUCCAUAGCGGCGUCGUGUUACCUGUCUACAGUUAAUUAACUUAAUUAAUGGAUUGGCCACACCGUCGGAGUUUACUUAGCGUUGCCCGGCUACGUAGCCGAGCCGGCCAACAAACAUCAAAGAUAAAUCGUCCAAGUUCCGGAAGGGCCUAUUGAGUAACGCUCCUUACGGAUAAACAGCGGGUCGUGUCUUUGUAAGAAGUUUCAAUUGCAACCCCGCGCCGCUUUUCCACCCGAAACGGACGUCAUUGUUACAUUGUGAAAAAGAAAGACAGUAGUAGUCGGCUCUUUCGUUGACCGACUCGAGCGAUCUCCUUUCCUUCCUGCAGACUGGGGAAAAUUAAUACGUCCAGGACAAUUAGCUCCCUCGUUAUCCUUUUCAUUCUGCAACGUUCCGUGAAUCAUUUAGAUCUUAAUUGACUUUUGUUUUCAUCUCUGCCAGUCGUGCAGCUGAGAUUCCACUGAUCGCAGGAUAAUUUCGGUUUCCAUUGUAAUCGUCGUAGGGGAAGAAAUACAAGGGUUCGGUGACCGCGAUAGUUUUCGUUUCUCUCGAAAGAAAGAAGGAAAAUUGCGUUUUCCAGCGAUCCCGCGAAGUACACAAGAGAAUCGAGAUCCUCGGGAUUUUGUCCUAAGCGUGCCAUAAAUCGAAAGUUUUCCGCUCGCCGCAAUCGUACGGCAAAUCGGAUUAUGAAAUUGAAUAGUCCCGAAGGCGGUCGUUCUGUCUUUCUCUUUCUCUGUCUGGCUAGGUCGGUGGAAAAGAGAGAAAUUUUUUUACCUUCCGGCUGUACGCUCGAGAUCCGCCAGCUCCGCAAUUUAUUUCUCUUCUCCCUUCGAUCUCGCUGUUUCAAGCAUCGCCCGAUAGAUACGCGAUAUUACGUUAAGCAAACAGCGUAACAAAUAGAGAAUGAAAUCGAACCGAGCCGGGGCGCGUUCACCGGAUUCGAUCGUAAUCCCGGCCAUAAAUGGCUUCGAAUCGGCCAAGCUUUUACCGUGAAAACGCGUUUCCAGUCAGCUACCGAUCGAAUCACGAAUCAAGGGAUUCCGUGUAAAUGCUCUUCCAGCAGGUUUGCGCGUCGACAAUCUCUGACAAGCAAUAAGCGUCGAAGCUUUCUUCUCGUUCGAUCUCGAAGCUCGAUCGACCACGAACGCCGAGUUAUUAGUCGUGCCUUUUCACAGAUCUUCUUGCCAAUAACAAAAUCGUUUGCCGAAUCGAAAUAAAAUAAAUCUCCACCCGGCUACUCUCGUAUCCUUUGGAACAGAUUCGUUAUGCAGGACCGGGAUUAGCAGUCGUUUAGAGGUAUGCUUCGAUUUGGGAAAUCUAUUACAAUAGCAAAGUAAAGGGAACCGAUGAACGUUCGAACCGGAUGGGUAAGCGGAACGGAUCGAUACCGGGCUUGUGUUCGCUAUUGAUUUCCAUUUCAAAUCGGAUGCAGUUGUACUGCUUACUGCUUAUCGGAUACCGGUGUCUCAGGUCAGGUCAGCUUGUACGCCGAUGUAUUUGCAUAGAUACGAUCUGAUUGAAAUAAGGUGAACACUCGACUUGAUAUUGCCAAGUAUUUCCUCUUUAUACGCUGUGCCGAUCAUCCGAUAUCGUGUUCCAAGGAAAGGAUAAUCGGUUCUUUGCUAACUAUCGCGCCUUAUAUGCCGUGAUCGCCAAACAUUUUCUUUACCCAUCCUCGAGAUCCAAUAUGCAUCGGAAAACGAACAAUUUAUUAACACGUUUACGAAAAACUAAUAUCCAUUCAUUUUUCUUAGAACUCGAAAGUGUAUUCACUGUCGUCGGAGGAAACUCUUUGUUCAAGAAAGACAAUGUUUUCUUUUUGUAGAAAAGAUUGUUUUCAAUUCUGUUGCAUCAAAGCUACAGGAAUUAUUACAGUGAAAAACUGAAGUCUCCUUUCUUCGAACGUUUGAAUACCUUUCUUCUUGACUGAAAAGGAUGCUCAAUAUUUUUAACGCUAUAACGUUGCUCCCAAGAGUUUCGAUUGUCACAAAAGACUGCUUUUAGAUUGUUCUGAAAUAUUUUCCUUCGUUUGUUCGGCUACCCAGUUCGCAGGUAAAUUUUAAACACGUUAUCGUCGUUCCAUCGUGCAAAAUACGUUUCAUCGGUAUAUGGUUCGACGAGGAACGUUAGUUCUGUUGUAACGACGUAAAAGAGUGAAGUUCGCAUCGAUGCAUAAAAAAAAAAAAGAAAAAUAAUAAAGUUGCACCGUGUGUUCCCGAUCGAACAGCCGAAACGAUGAAAAACAUGCAACCUGUGCCGCUCGUUUUAUUCGAUAGUUUAUAGCGCACCGUUCGUACGAUGGAAAUAUUUAAAAUACAAAGGAGAAGACCGAUCGUUGUAGAGGGAAAAAAAAUGUUUCACAGGCAAACGCGAGCAAAAGAGACGAUUUAUUAACGAGCAAAGUUUCUCAUCUAGCAUUCCGUUAAGUAGAUAUAUGGAUGUUAGCUUUGAAAUUUCGGAUGAAAUGUGGCCCGGGGUUUUAUCGGAGUCCGGGAGCCAUUUCAUUUCAACCUCUGGCUCGAAACGCUCUUUUUUUCAACGCCAUUAAAAAUUAUACUCGCCGUGCCGCGUAUCGCGAUUCAAAUAAAACCACCGCUUUUUAAUCGACUUCGAAAAGGAAAAGUUUACUCGAUUCGAUCAGAAUAUUAUAAUUUUUCUGAGGCCACGAAAUUGGUCGAUGGGAGUUGGAUUAGGAUUUAGUAGGUAGAAUCUCGGUUCGAGUAAAUAAAUUGUUAAACCGAGAUUUUGCUAAGCCUUCGCCGGUUGAACGUUUCCUGCGAAAUCUGAUUUUCGUUCCGUAUGGUCUGCGAUCUGGAAUAAUGGACGGUUUCAAGCACAAAGGGUGGAUGGUUGUUCGGACGAAGCCAACGUCCCUCCUUCCAGUCGGUUCGGCGAUCCUUGCGCGGCCAUUGCUACGUGUCUGGCAUUCCCUAUUACCCGCGAUCGCUUAAUUGAUCGUUAACUCGGAACUCCUUCGAUAAUGAAUGCGAAUACGCGGCAAACUGGCCGAGAAAUUUCGACUUCCCGUGAAACCCUUCCGUUCCUGAAUAUUUCAUGGAAAUAAUCAACAUUCAUUGGUUUAUGCCUCGAGUUCCGAUCCAUCCGGUUAUCCGGAUCCACAACCAUCGCGAAGAUAUUUCAUUUCAUUCUUCGACGGACCGUGAUCGCUCGUUUAUCGCGUUCAUACGCGCUCGUACGGAACGCUUUUAAUAGAAAUUUAUCGGCUUUCCUACGGAAGAUGAGAAAGUAGUUCGUUAUUGAUAACGACACCAGGAGUAUAUUUAUCGCGUGAAUGUUUAAUUUGAAGUGUCAAGUGAUUCCGUAUAAUUUAUUAAAAUACCAGCUUCGCGUUUCGAGAUCCAAGAAACUUUCGAAACUCUGUAGUCUUAAAGUCACAAACGAUUGUUGCUACCAAGUUGAAAACCUAAAUCGCGCUAUGGUUCUGCAAGUUUCGGCGAGCUAGAGAUUUCUCAGCAGUUCCUUGAAUUUUCCAUAGAGCCAAAAACCGAGGCUGCGUGUGGCACGGAAGUAUCCAACAAUGCUGGCUCGUUGCGAGGCUCCCUUGGGAGAGAUACCAGCGUGAGAUACAUGCUAGAGAAAACCAUUUUAGAAUUGCGUUGUUCGGCGUUUGAAUUUCUGAAAACGUUUGUCUCGUCAGACAGACGAGUACGAUCGUGCCCGUAUUUCUUCUUCUCGUUUUCUAAUUAUAUCGUUUAAUUGGCUGAUUAAGCGAGCUGGUUCGUUAAAAUAAACAGAGCCGAUUGAGGAAGUAAAAUCGAUAGGAAUAAAGCAGGAGGUGGCUGGAAGCGGGCCAAUUUUUCGAAUAAUUCGUAGAAUUUCUGAGUUGGAGCAGCGUGCGACCGGUUGCAAGUGACGGCCCUCUCUGCUUACUGCAACCCCCGCAGACCCUCUCUAUCGGAUUCCGAUCGUUCAUUCGCAUUACGCAGAACUUUUUACACGCUUACCGAUGAACGACCUCUCCCAUUUUUCACAGCGCUCAUUUAAAUACGAAGAUUUGUAAUUUCCAUUCCGGGCGAGCGCACUCGAUCGUCCUGGAGCCGACGAUCCUGAUUUCCUGAACCAUUCAAUCGUCCGAGCGAAAGGGGAAUUGGAAACGAUCGCACUCGAUCAACCUUUAAACGGCCUAUAUUAAUACCAGUUUCAUGAAAAUUACGCGAACGACCAAUCGGCUAUUAUUGCUCCAUUCGACUGCCCUUCUAAUUGUCGCCAUUUUUUAUUACCCAAUGGUACCUAUUCACUUUUUUCGAUAUAAUCAUUCGCGCUACCAUUCGCAUUAAGGGUUUAAAAGUAACCGGAUGGGAUGGAAUAUGGAUUUUUCUGAUGGAACGUUACCAUAGCGAAGGUAUUAACAGUAUUAUCGAACUUAUUUCUCCUCAUAGUUUGUAUUUUGCUGUUGUUAGAAAAAAAAAAGAAUGAGUUUCAGGUAGAAUUGGAAGUUGCAACGAAUGAGACGUCAACGAGAGGAACGCGACAUUCCCUUGAACUCACGCUCGAAAGCUCACGAGUCAGUGUGCAGCGACAUGCAAAAUAUUGCGCACAAAUGCACUUCGACUUUUUGUCUCCUUCCUCUUUCUUCUUUUCCCAUUUCUGUCAUACCUCAACGAUUAUUUCAACGUAGAAAGCACGUUGGCCAUGCUGAGAGCACCACUGUUUAAUCAUUCUUAAUUUCUUCUUCGUUCUUUCAUUAUUAAAAAUUGCUUCCUUUCAAUAUCAGUGUAAAAACAAUUGCUUACACGAGGGAAUUUUAUUUUUCGGAGUUUUUUUUUAUCAGCAUUAGUGUACCUUGGUACACGUGGUUGGAUAUUCCUGUGUUUGAAAUCUCUUUUAGUUGCUAGCUUGCGAACGUGAUCGAACAGAUUAACAGAUGCGAUUGAACGUUUGAUAGGCACUAAAGUGAACACGCAACGAUACGAGCGGUAGUUGUUCCUCCGGGAGUCUGUAAACAUCAAGCAGGAAGCGAUCGAUGUAACGCUUCCCGUUCGAACGUAAAUCGGAUUAAAUGGAAAAAUGAUCUUGCGGAAAUAUCCUCUUCGUUUCUUGCUUUUAAAUCAUUUUUCGGUUGAGCCGUUAUCGGAGCGGGGAGAAGGUAGCUAUUGUCGAGAUUGAAGAAUGAUGCUGAAAUGAUUUCGAGGGUGUCCUGCGAGGAUCUUGUGAGAUAGAACCGAGCCCAUAAAGCAAUCGCUUUAAUCGCCCUCGAAGGACGGUUCGACCGACAAGGAACAUUAAGUGCAUCCACAAAGAAACUAGAUACGUCGAACGAGGUUACGAAGUUGGCAACGUUCCUGCUUUUUUCUUUUUCUCUAACAAGGGCCCGGGGUACGCAGAAAGCUCAUCCUAGCGACGCAGGAUUAGGGGGCGUUAAGUAAAAGCUCGCAGGAAAUGGAGGAGUUAAGGAUAUUUUUGCGGAUAAAGGCCGGGCGGGAGGAAAACGCGAAGAAUUUGAAGGAGAAGCAUUAAAACGUCUGCUCGGUCGGAAGGUUUCAACGACGUUUGCUGGCGUGCACGCGCAAACUGUUGCACCUUACUGCUGCUGCCGUUGCAGCUGCAGUAUGCAUUUUGAUUUCGACUUCUGCUCAACACGGUUGCGGGACGUGCUGCAAUUACACCAUGCACAAACGUAGUUAUGGAACUAAAUAUACGUUUGAAAGUAAGUUUGACUAACGCUUCACGAUUUCGACGGGAACAGGGCUUUUAAUUUUGUUCCAGUUUGCGGUACGUACCGCAAUUUCUAUCUUUCCCCAAUACCAUCAGCCGUUUAAACGCUCGGUAUUGUUUCAAAUACGAUUCAGAAUUCUAAUGGUUAGAUUGUCGAUCGAGCUAACGUGCGGAACGUUUGUUCACGCAUAAAUCACGACGGUUUAACGUGAAUAUUAAAAUUGAUUAGAAAGUGUAUCAAACAAUUUCCCGGGAAAGAUAAUUCGUCGCGACGAGUUCGACGAAUGGCGGAGGAAAAAUCGAGCAGAGGUAUUAAUUUCAUUACAGUGGCUCGAUAAUCGUUCCAUUAUUGCUCGAUACGCUCCCGUCGAUUUUAUACCCGUUUUAGCCUGGAAAUGGGAUUACCAGCGGUUUCGUGGAGAGACAAAUAAAAAAAAAAAAAAAAAGGAGAAUAUCCCAAAAAAUUCACCGCAGCCAAUCUACGAGUGGCUGGUACCGGUUGAAAAUCGAUUGCAAUUGGAGGGAUCGUUAACGAGUAAGAAAGAGAAAGGGUUAUGCGUGUUCUCUGUUUCUUUAAAGGGUGAGCAUCGUCGAAUAUCCUGAUCGAAGAACAAACGAACAGUUCGAACGAGCUUUACGGCUUUCACGCCAAUCUCUCUGGCUGUCUAUUCUGCUGAUAGUUUCCAACGACAAGCUUGCUUUGUAUUCUUCGUUGUCUUUCUUUUUGUCUCUGUUACCAUUCAAAGGCAAACGUUAAAUAUUUGUCGCUGCAGUUGAAACGAUUGGUUAAUUCGAGAUUUUUUUACAAAAGAAUGAAAUUUUCAUUCUUAACAGGUAUCUUUCGAUUUUUCAUGAAAAAAUGACAGAGAAACGGCGCCUACGAAGCUAGGUGGGUAAAUGAAAUUACCGUUAUUAUCGUUCGAAAAGAGAAGCAGAGUCUCGCAAGAGUACGAAAGGGCGUGCUUCAUAUUCAUGGUAAUUGGCUGAGCCGUGGGUGGCCGGGAUGUCGAGCGUAGUUUAUAAUUAAUUCAUUGGAUUAAAUUUUGCUUCACGUAGCUAGUAUGCAUUACCAGCGUCCUGGGUGUAUGCACCUUGCCCUCGCAACUACUCCUUCCUUCCUACCCCGGUUUCCGUCCGAUCGACCACUUUCCCUUAGUCUUAUUAGUGACUAUAGAUCCAAAAAGAUCGUUUUAAAAAUGUAUCAAUUUGAUUUAUUAGAAAAUUUGUUGCGCAGGAUCCGCUAUUAUUUUAUGGAAACUUUGACCCUUGUGCAGUCCUAAACCGUAAGAGAUUUAAUAACGAAAGAGUAGAUGAAGCACUCUUAAUGAUGAUGUAAUUAGUUUUUAUGUAUCCCUUAAAAAGUGUCCCUUAAUAAAGAUUUUACUUGUUUCCAGAUGUUCUUUUUAACAGAUUUUAUUGUACUAUCAUUGUAAGUGUAUACAUAUAACACUUUUAUGUCUCAGCGUCACUCACAGACAUGUAUCUGCGUUAUUAAAAGGAAGGAUUUGCUGUA